AUGUUGCCCCCGGCCCGCGUAAGAAAACGUGGUGUGUCCGACACGUUGGAUGCCAAUAAGCGCAUUCACAAACAUGUCGACAAUUCUGGGCGUGAACAGCUAUCUGCUGUCACAAUAACUCGCUCCGCUUCGAAAAUAAUCGCAGUAAUGUUCAGCAUUGCUACGCCUCAAGGUUCACAGGCUGUGUUACCCCUCUCAAGCCUAUCCCACACCAAUAUGGUCGUCGACGACCUUCCAUGUCCCAGUGGACACUCAGAAAUCCCCCUUCAGCCGCCUCAGAAGGAUCUUCCUUGA